AUGAAUUCGUAUAUAAUUCAUUCGACACUUCAUAAUUUUGAAUUUGAAAAUAAUCGAAAUAAUAAAAAUCAAAAGCAACAACAUUUGGUUGCCUCUCCAGCAGCAAAUGAAAAAAAUAAAUGUUUUGAUAUAUUUAACACAAAUUUACAAACAAAUGGAAAUUCUAAUAAUGUAAAUUCCUCAGAAUCUGGACAGUUUUUGAUGGCACCACGUCCAUUGAGACGUUGUAGAAGUUCUUCCCCUUCUACAAAUCCAACAUUAAAUAAACAAAAUAGUGGCCAUUUACAAAUGCUCAGUCUUGAACAGCAAGUUUUGAUUAGAAAGUCCUGGUCUAGAAUCCAAAAAUCAACUUUUGGAAGCACAGUUUAUGAGAAAAUGCUUGAGAAAUGCCCGUCCAUCGAGCGUCUUUUCAACCCAUCAGAUCCCUUAGCUAUUUCACGUCAUGAACGUUAUUUUACUGAAUUAGCUCAAUGGGCAGUAGAUGGAAUGUCAGAACCCGAUAAAAUUUUAAGUAAUUGGUUAGAAAUGGUUGGAAGGGAACAUGCUCAAUUUCGUGUAAAGCGUUCACAUUGGGAUUUUAUGGGGGAGGCUUUAGCUGAAUCUAUCUGCCAAUCAGCAACAAUUACUGGUAGACAAAGACGGGAAACUGUACAUGCUUGGCGUUUACUUCUUUCAUUUCUUGCUGAUAGACUUGGAGGAAGUUCAUCAGCUCCAAUUGUCUCAACUCAAGAUGGUGGGAUUGGCUUUAAUCGUAUUCAUCUUCUACAACUUGUAGCUGAUGGCCCGAGACAGGGUCAGGUUGAAGAGAAGGAUGUUAAGAUGUUAUGA